AUGGAGGAAAAUAAGGAAAUAAAUAAAAAGGAAACCAAACCAAAUAUGAAACAAAUUAAGUUUAUUUUAAAAAAAUCCGAAGAGCUUGAAAAAAAACAUUCAUUAGCUUCUUUCCUAUGCGUCCUCUACGUUUCCGAGCAGUUGAACGAUUAUGUAAAAAAUAAUUACAGUGAUACAGAGGCAAAAAAUCUUUUAUUAAACUGUGUGGAGAAAGCUGAACGGAUCAGACCAACUUUUGACUCUCUCGAUUAUAGCAAACUAGCUGAUUUGUGUAAACAAUUAUUUUUAGCAGCUGACAAAAAUGACCGAACUGAUGAAAUAACAAACAAAACAAUACAUAUGUUUUUCACUGCGCAAAUAUUUUAUGAAAUAUUAAAUCAUUUUCAAACAUUAAAUGAUGAUGAGAAAAAAAAAUAUUUAUAUGCUAAAUAUAAAACAAUUUAUAUAAAAAAAUGUUUUGAUAAUAGCAUAAAGCCUGAGCCUGGGUCUCCAAAACCAGAACGUGAAAAAGACCAAUCAGAAGAGUCAUAUGAGGAAAUGCCAAUAAAUCAAGAAGAAAAAAAAGAAGACAUACAAAAAGACCAAAGUGAUGAAGAACAAAUGUGGGUAAAAAACGAUAUUUGGGGUGAAGAAGAAAAUUAUUUAUCAUUUCCAAAAAAUGGAGAUUCAAAUUUGUUAUUUAACAAUACGGAUAAUAGUAAAAUAGGUGAAAACAAUAAAAAUGGGAAAAAUGUGGAUAUUUCUAAAAGCCUUAAGCAUUCUCAAUAUGCUACAAAUGCUUUAAUGUUCGAAGAUGUAGUUACAGCAAAGAAGGAGUUAAAACUUGCUUUGUCAUAUUUGGAAUAG